AUCCCUUUUCAACCCAUUCGAAAUCUUCCUUCCAAACCCAAAUUCCCAAUCCGAAAAAAUGGCGGCAGCUUCUUCUUUAGCUUCCUCGAUAUUGUUCUUCUUGCUGAUGGUGAUCGGCUCAGCAGCUGGUAACUUCAACCAGGACUUCGAUGUAACAUGGGGAGACGGCAGGGGAAAGAUCCUCAACAAUGGCGAUCUCCUCACCCUUUCCCUCGACAGGGCUUCCGGUUCGGGGUUCCAGUCGAAGCGCGAGUACCUGUUCGGCAAGAUCGACAUGCAGCUCAAGCUCGUGGCUGGCAACUCCGCUGGCACCGUUACUGCCUAUUACUUGUCGUCGAAAGGAUCGACGUGGGACGAAAUCGACUUCGAGUUCUUGGGGAAUUUGAGCGGGGACCCUUACAUCCUCCACACCAACGUGUUCUCCCAGGGGAAAGGAAACAGAGAGCAGCAGUUCUACCUGUGGUUCGACCCGACCGCAGAUUUCCACACUUACUCCAUCCUCUGGAACCCGCAGCGCAUCAUAUUCUCUGUGGAUGGAACCCCGAUCAGGGAGUUCAAGAACAUGGAGAACAGAGGAGUUCCGUUCCCAACAAGGCAGCCGAUGAGGAUCUACUCGAGCCUGUGGAACGCCGACGACUGGGCGACGCGCGGCGGUCUGGUGAAGACGGAUUGGUCCAAAGCUCCGUUCAUGGCUUCCUACAGGAACUUCAGAUCGGAAGCUUCCUCUGCCACGGCUCCAUGGAUGUCGCAGCAGCUAGACUCUGCGAAUCAGCAGAGGCUGGCGUGGGUGAGGAGGAACUACAUGAUUUACGACUACUGCAAGGACUCCAGGAGGUUCCCUCAGGGCUUCCCUCCAGAGUGCAAUGUCGCCUAAUUGGCUUGGCGGGACUGUGAUCACUCUGUUUCUGCGAUUAAGAGCACAAUCGUUUGUUCACCUUGUUGUGAUAUUACUGUUCUGUUUUCUCUGUUUGUUUAUGUAAUAUAUGGAACUGUAUAGUGAUAAUGUUUCAAAUCACUUUCAAUUGUUGAAAACAAGUAUACAGUGUGAAACUACAGAGAAUAAAAUUGUGUAUUAUUUUACCUUGUUCUCCACUUGUGACAAAUUACACUAACAGAAUAAAAUUGUGUAUAGGAGAAGGGGAUGUCACAAGAUCCUCUGGUUGCCAACAUGUUGACUCUAUUAGAGAGUGAUAUAAGAUGCAACGGAACCUCCUCCCAACAAUUCGAGUUAUUGGGAGCUAUUGGUUCUUGACAUGGUAUCAGAGCUGGUUUGACCAAGUGGUCGUGUAUUUGAAUCUCCACGACCCCCAAUAUUAACAUUUAAUUAAAGCACUGGUGAUUUCGCCCAUGCAAACUUCAAGCUCAUGGGUUGGUGUUUUCGUUUGAGGGGACGUGUUAGAGAGUGAUGUAAGAUCCAGCAAAAUCUUAACUCGAGCUAUUGGGAGCAACUGGUUUUUGACAGACUCGAGUAGUGCUCCCGGAUUUUAUACGUACGAGAGUCGUCAAAUGAACGGGAAGAAAUUGAAGGAGCUUGAUAAUAAUAUGAAUACGGAAGUUUUAAAUGGAUAAAAUAUGCACGACCAUAUAUACGUAUAUUAAACGAGGUAUUUACUAACUAUGAGUAUUAGGUAGUUAAGGGUAAGUAAGGUCUUUUAAUUAUUUUUAAUUUUAUCAACAGAAUUAACUGCGAACGACAAUCUGAGUCUAUAACUAUUGAUCGCAAAACAUUAAUAAUGUUCUAAGAGGUCGUUGGGUAAUUAUGGACAUGACGUGAGAACUUAAAUUGUUAAUAAAGAGAUUAUAAACCAAUGAUAAUAUUAUGCAAACCUUGAUAAACGUUGAUAAUGUCG